AACGCAAAGGAUCUGAUCCGUUUUACUGUCUAUGAUGAGUUGACCCUUCAAGACGAUGCACAGGAUCAGGGACUGCAUCGGGAUCCCAAUGUGUACAAGCAUAUUACUCUGAGGAGGUACCUGGGCUCUCUCAGCAUUCCUGUGAAUACGAUUUACUGGGCACAAUGUCUUCAAGGCGCAUUUCAUCUGAGGGGACCAGGGGAGGGUGGCGGAGCAGGAGCACCUGUCAAUUUGGGAUUCCGGCAACUCCACUGCACAGAGCCUCGCUUACUCAAUUUAUACAUAACACUUACUCCAGAGUUGGCACAUCCCGAGCCUGUCCUGGACGACUGGCAAUGCGGCGAAGAGGGUGAGAUCGCAAGGCUUGUCAUCCAAUGGGAGAAAUCCCUGUUUGCAAAUCCGAUUUGCAAGGGUAGAGUAAUUAAGGCCAUGGCGACCGACCCAGAAGGCACUGCUGUUUUCCUUCCUCGGUAUAUAUGUCCAAUGGCUCCCCCAGACUGCCUUCUUCAGCAGCACGCUUCAGCGUCACAUGCCACCGGGGGAAGCGACAGUCUAGAUCCAAAAGCUUCAACAGCAGAUGACCCCCUGAUGCGCCGAAUGCUGCGAUUUGUGUCGAUGAUCCCCUUUGCUCCAGAUCUUCGCACGAUUAGAAGACAUACUGACGUGUGGAUGACGUGCAGAGACUUCUUCGACCUCUGCGCAGGGGAUAACGAAGAACAUGCAAUAACUCUGUGCAACUAUCUGCUGUACAUCAACCAGCAAGCGUUUGUCGCUCUUGGGACUGGUAUACAGGAUGGAGAAGCAGCAUAUGUGAUAACGCUUGGAGCGCUUAGUGGUGAAGGUGACGAGGUCAUCUCAUGGCGACGUGGACGUGCCAUGGUCUGGGAUCCCAGCAAUGGUCAUGUUUGUGCUGUCGGCGACCACACCUGCGGAUUGAGACAGGUUGGAGUAUUGUUCAAUGACAGGAACAUCUGGGCCAACAUCCAGGCUAGAGGAGAACCUUGGGAGAUCAGCUUUGAUCUGUCAGAUCAACGGUGCUGGAAACCCUUCUUCCAAGACAAGGGAUCACGGCGACCAGAAUUAGGAACAGUCCAAGUCCCUAUGAAGUACACCUCAAUUCCCAGUGAAUUUUUCAGGGAACUGGAGCUGUUUUUGGAACGGCACAUCAUGGAUGUGAUAUCCGGCGCACGUCGUCUCACCUACACCCGUUUCAAUCGGAGAUGCACGCGAGUUCUGAAGCAGCUGUUGAAGGAUCUGGAGCUGCAGCAGCAGGCACUCCCCCUACCCACAACAAGCGAGGAUGAGUCUCCUCUGUUCCGCAUGGAUCGAAAUCGCAUUUUGUUUGGAAAUGCCAUUGGGUCCUUUUUAUCAGAGGACCUUGUCAGCUCCAAUGUUGAAGACAGUCAUUACAGUGCACUGGCGCCUUUCAUGAAGACUCAUGAUGUGAUGGGCUUCCCACUCAACAUGCCACUUACAGAUCCGGAGUCUAUAACAAAGGCGGUGCUCAGCACCGAGAUUCAUCAAAACUACAGCAAGAAUGUGGAGUUUGCAGUUGCCACGUAUGUGUACUCUUAUGGAGUGUCCUUCGUGUGCUCCCUUUGGAUCUAUGUGGCCACGCUGCAGAAGAAAGUGUAACAGAUCAUUCCUUGCACAUCUUUUUCAAGAACAACAAGGAACGAGAUGGCAUCAAGAGCCUGCAUCAUCG